UUACUUCGGGUCUCAGGGAACUACUGUCUAUUAUAAUGUGAUAGUCUAUGAGAAGAGAGCCCCUUAUAAUGGUGGUCAGUGAGAAUAAUGCCCCCUUACAUUGGUGGUCAAUGCGAAGAAUGCUCCUUACAUUGGUGGUCAGUGAGAAGGAAGAAUUUUCCUUACAUUGGUGACCAGUAGAAAGAAUGAUCCUUACAUUGGAUGGUCAGUGGAAAGAAUGCUCCUUACAUUGGUGGUCAGUGGGAAGAAUGAUCCUUACAUUGGUGGUCAAUGCGAAGAAUGCUCCUUACAUUGGUGGUCAGUGAGAAGAAUGUUCAUUACAAUGGAGACCAGUAGGAAGAAUGUUCCUUACAUUGGUGGUCAAUGGGAAGAUUGUUUCUUACAUUAGUAGUCAGUGGGAAGAAUGUUUCUUACAUUGGU